AUGUCUUUUCAAGCUACUCCGACGCUCUUUGCCUCCGUCAAGGGGGUGAAACUUGGCUACCGACGCUUCGGAAGACAGGGUGGUGUUCCCCUAAUUUUCCUCACUCAUUUCCGCGGUUCCAUGGACCUGAUCGAUCCAUUGCUCAUCAAUAGCAUUGCCGAAAAUCGUGAGGUGAUCCUGUUCGACAAUGCUGGUGUUGGCCACAGUGAAGGCGCUGUCCAAGACACCCUCGAAGCGAUGGGCUCAACGGUCGUGGAUUUUCUCACCAGCAUUGGCGUCUCGAAAGUCGACAUCCUCGGCUUCUCGUUGGGUGGCAUGAUUGCCCAAUACAUCGUUGUUAGCCAUCCGCGCCUGGUAAAUAAGCUGAUUCUCGCGGGAACUCAGUCGAGUUACACGGAAGGGGUGGUCUUUGGAGAUCCUGAGAUCAUGGAAAUUGCUGGUGUAGCCGUGCCCUCCGAAGAAGAUAUGAUGAAACUCUUCUUCUACCCGUCUUCCACGAGCCAUGCGCUCGGCCAUGCGUGGUUCGAGAGAACAAAGGAGCGUCAGGUCGAGGGUGAACAAUGGCGCGGGUUCCUUGACCAAGCUGGUGCCGCAACGCAGCAGGCCGCGAUUGGAAAGUUUGCCGCGGACACUGAGCUUUUCGAAAAGCUCAAGCAAGUCGACACGCUCGUGUUGGUCACCAAUGGAAAAGCCGACAUCAUGACCCCGACUUCCAACAGCUACAUCUUACUGCAGCAGCUACGUAACGCGCAGCUGCAUCUCUACCCGGACGCAGGCCACGGCCAUCUCUACCAGGUUCCGGAGAUCUACGCGAAGCAGAUUGAGCUAUUUUUGGAGACGACUACACUGAGUGGGAACGCUUCUCCCUUCUCCCAUCCGGACCCGGACGAGGAAGACCCUCCGACUCUGGACGAAAUUCAAACCCUGCGAGAAUUUGCCGAGUCCUUCGGCACAGCCAACGCCAUUGCAGCAGAGGAUGCUGCUCGCCAACUAAUGUCGCUCGUCGACGAGCGCCGCGUGGUCGAGAAGCGCCAGAGCAACGUCGUGGAUAAAGGCGAACGCGUCUCCUGGUUAUUAUGGGAUGCUGCUAUCGGCAUGCCGCGCUACCAGCCUGCCAUUCUCAAGUUAAUUGAGGCGAUCCGCGCCCUGCCUCAGCUGGAACGAACUGAGGACAGAUCCGCACCGGCUGUUUCGAGGACCGACUAG